GCUGGGUAGAGAAGAUCAAAGACAGCUAAGCUCUGCCAGUCUCUGACAUCUGAGUGUUGCCGUGAAGCACAGAGGCCAAGCUACCAGAGACUUCAAGCUCCUGGAAUGGACCUACCUUCCUGCUCCCGGGUUCCUGACUUAUUCUGCACCCCACAACCUGUUCAGACUAGUCUAGCCCUCACCUCCAACUGGGCCCGCACUACUUCUCACUGUGUCCAAAUGCUGAAGCUGCUGCUGCUGACACUGCCCCUUCUGUCCAGCCUGGUGCAUGCAGCCCCUGGUCCAGCUAUGUCACGAGAGGGCAUUGUGGGGGGAACGGAUGCACCUGAGAACAAGUGGCCCUGGCAGGUGAGCCUGCGUAAGCAUGUCAGCUACUGGAUGCAUGUCUGCGGCGGCUCCCUCAUCCACCCACAGUGGGUGCUAACUGCAGCAGGCUGUGUGGGACCGAAUAUCGCUGAUGCUGAUCCCGACAUGUUCAGAGUACAGCUCCAAAAGCAGUACCUCUAUCACCAUGACCACUUGCUGACUGUGAGCAAGAUCAUUCCACACCAUGAAUUCUACAUCCCCCAGCAUGGGGCAGACAUUGCCCUGCUGAAACUCACAAACCCUGUGAACAUUUCCUGCUAUGUCCACCCUGUCUCCCUGCCUCCUGCCUCAGAGAACUUCCCCUCAGGAACGUUGUGCUGGGUGACAGGCUGGGGUAACCUCUACUGUCAAGUAAAACUGCCACCGCCAUUUCCCUUGAAGGAGGUGCAAGUUCCCAUUAUAGAAAACCGCCUUUGUGAUAGGAAGUAUCAUGAAGGUCUCAUCACAGGUGACAAUGUCCACAUUGUCCGUGAUGACAUGCUGUGUGCUGGGGAUGGAAAGCACAAUUUCCAUCAGGGUGACUCUGGAGGACCUCUGGUCUGCAAGGUCAAAGACACCUGGCUGCAGGCAGGAGUGGUCAGCUGGGGUGAGCUCUGUGCACAGUCUGACAGGCCUGGCAUCUACACUCGGGUCACCUAUUACUUAGACUGGAUCUACCGCUAUGUCCCCAAAAACUUCUGAGACCUAUCCAAGAUGACCUCUCUUGCUCCCAACAUACUGCUUCUGCCCAGGUGGCAUCCCUGCUUUCCUCUCCUGCUCACCAUCCUGAGCCCCACCUCUGCUCUACCUGAGCUCCUGACCACCCCUGCCUGUCCCUCUGGCUCGGGUAGCUAUACUGUGUAGGCAGCUACUCUCCGCUAUGGCUCAAUAAAAUGCAUUAAAGCAGCU